GUUUUCUGUGGCAUUGUUUUAUAAGGGAUUGCUAUGUUUUUAUUACUCAUAUACAUACUGUAGAUAGCAGCGGCUUUGCUUGGUAGGAUAAACAGGAUGCUUGCUGGCUUUGGCGUAACGUAAACCUUAAGCAAUCACUUAACCUGUUACUGUCGACUGUCUGUGUAAAGCUUAGUUAGCUUGCUUGACAACCUAGUCUGUCCUUCAUAGUAACGUGCAAGCUAUGCUGUGCACUAUGCACGGUACUGAGCUGAAAGUCGUGUCAUGAACUAACUUCCUGUCCUCCUCUGUAUGUUAUCGAUAACUUCUACUGGUUGUUGUUCUGUCAGUAGUAAGAAAGCAUGUCUCCAGAGGAUGAGCUCCAGAGUCCCCCCCUUGGUUUCAGCUCCAUCAGGGAGGAUGUCACUCUGAGCUGUGGAGAUCUAGCUAGCUCUCAUGAGCUGGGGAGAAGGAGCAGAGCACGCAGCAGUCUCCACACCAGAACCCCAGAGACUGACAUCAGCUGUCAUGGAGACUUCCUUGAUGGAAAAAGCCCUUUCCUGAAAAUACUGAUGGAUGCAGAAGCAGCUGCCAACUCUGCUGCCAUACAACUUGUGUCUUUUAAAGAUGCCAUGGAGGAUGAAUUUGCUGAUUCGAGACAGUCCGCUAAUGAUAAGCGCCGAAUUGCCAGGCAGAGAGGACUUUUGCUGGAGAAGUUGGAGGAUUUUAGACGAAUAAACAAGUCUGUUCGACAGAAACUGAAACAGCUCCAAGAUUCAGAGACCAAUCGAGUUGAGGCUGACCACCAAAUUGACAUCUUAUUGAAGAAGAUCACACAGGCUGAGACUGAAAAUGAGCACUUAAAAAGAGAUUUGAGUGAGACAGAAAGGAAAGUUGAGGAACUGAUGGAUCUGCGGAGAGAGGAGCAGGAGAACAUAAAGACUGCAGUUCACAUGACCAAGUCUGUGGAGGCGACUCGUGCUCACCUGCAGGGGCAGCUGCGGAACAAGGAAGCCGAAAACAAUCGUCUGACUGUACAGCUACGGACUUUGGAGAGAACCAUAACGGAGCAAAAGAUGGAGAUUGAUGAUCUCAAAGGCUCCUUCACCUCUUUGACUGAGAAGGCGGCGCAAGACAAAGAAUCUCUCAAGAAAGCAACCAGAGCACAGAAACUGAGAGCUGAGAGAUUUGAAGCUGCAAUUGAGAAAUGCUAUGCGCAAAUGAAAGAGAAGGAUGCUCAGCUGGCCAGCGCCCGAUCAGAAAGAGACUCCAGGCGACGGCAAAAGGAGCAGAUAACGGAUGAGACGGACAGACUUGUAGCUCAUAUAGAGCUGUUGCAAAGUCAAGUGUCAGACCUGACGGCGAGGCUGCGGACAGAGAAGGACGAGCUCAGCGCAGCUAAUGAAACUGUGAUGCAACGCGUUGAAAAGCUCAGUGCUGAAAAUGGAGACCUCAGCGUCAAUAAUGCAGCGCUCAAGGCAUCUGUAGCCCAGUUGGAGCAGCAGCUGGCUGAUUGUGAGUCUGCCCUGGUGGAGGAGACGGUUGUGUCCCAGGAGAGGAAGCUUCAGGCCGAACAGUGCCAAUAUCAGGUUGCAGAGCUUCAAGCUGAGAUUGAUGAUCUGAGGAUUAAAUAUAAAAACAUUCUAAGAGAGGUAGAGAAGACACGAGAUGGAAAAGAUAACGAAGUUGAGAAGGCGAGGCAGGAGCUGCAGGAGCGAGUGGAGGAACUGAAGCUUUACCCGGAGUUACUGAGUGCAGCUGAGCAGAGUCUCUUUGAGUGCCAGGAGAACCUGCGACGCUCGGAGAGGAAGUGCUCAGAAAAGUCAGAGUUCAUUAGGCAACUGCAGGUUAAGAUGGAGAGUCAGACAAAACUGCUCACAUCAUAUGUGGAGAUGAAAGAGUCCAUUCACGAGGCCAAUUUACAACUACACGAGAAAGUGAAUUCUCUCCACAAGCAGAUGGAAGAGCUGCAGCAGGAGAACCUGGAGCUGGUACGGAGGCUCGCAGCUCAGGAGGAAGCACUCGGCUACAGUAACCGGCAGCUGGAUCAGCGCUCGUCAGAGUGCCAGGCCCUCAGCCGGCAGCUGGAGGCGGCUUUAUCAGACGUGAAACAACAGGUCAACAAGGUAAAAGACCAGGCUGUUUCCAGAGACGAGACCCUUCAGACCAAAAUCCUCGAGCUGGAAGCUGAGAAGUGCAGACGGGAUAAUGAGCUGAGGCUUCUUCGCCAGAGCAAGCUCACUGCGGAGAAACAGUUUGAGGUGCGCCUGAAGGACCUGCAGCUCAGCCUGGACCAAUCAGAGAGCCACAAGCAAAGCAUACAGAACUACGUUGAUUUUCUCAAAAACUCUUAUAAAACCAUGUUUGAUGAGGGACUGCCAACAUCAAAUUUUGGAUCCUCAUAUUUUCUAAAAUGAUUAAGGAUUUAUAAGUUUGCAUUUUAAAAUUCAUUUUUUUCUUUCUUGGGUACUGUGAUAUUUAUAUGAUCUAUUUAAAAAUGAGAAUUUCUAUCACUUUUUUUAGAGGAAGUGAAAGCUUAUAUUGAAAUAUUUGAGCUAUGUUUGGGUAUGUACUUCUACAUUUUGCUGACAAUCUGGGAUUUUUUUUUCGGGGAAAUCUGCUGAAGUUUUGAUACCUGUUUUCAGUCCCGAGAGACGUUACAUAAUAUUUUCACGUGUAUGCAAAUUUGUGAACUCUUGGUGCUACUGUAUCUUAUUCCCAUAUGACACGAAGCCAGUUGCAUACAUUUAUUUUAAGAGCUGUGAGAGCUUUAAGAAAACAGCAAAUCUGUUAUGAAAAAUUACACUUUUUAAUAUUGAUUAAUUGUUUAAUUAAUUCAUUUGAUUCUGUGGUUGCAGCUUUACAAAUAUUAUUAUUGGUAUUUACCUUUGGGCUUUGUACUGUUGGUCAGAUAAAACAAGCAAUCUAAAUCAAGCAAUAUUAUAUUUUGAGUAACUAUUUUCUGAUAUUUCAUUAACUACAUUUAUUAAUCAAAUAAAUAAAUGAAAGGGGGUUUCAGCUGGAGAAAAGUAAUGUGCCACUAGGUGGAACUGUUUUGUUAGCUUAAGUUUUUGCUUUAAGUGUUUCAUUUUACCCAUAAUGCAUUGGCCGCUUAGUCAUUACAUCUUACCUUAGUCACUACUAAAUGAGCUCUAUGCAACAUACAAAGUAAGACCCAGGUCUAUCUUUGUGCAACCGGCUCCAGAUCAAACUUUUUUUUUUUUUGUCAUAUUUUGAAGUUACAUACAGCUAAUUAUGAAAGUAAUUGUUGACCAGUAGGUAAAGUAGUGCUUGAAAACCAAAUAUUAUGUUGUUGCGAAUAUCCUUGCCAAGUUUACCCGUGGUCGAAUAAACCACGCUUUCCACGGUGCUCCGUUUAAAUGUGAAAUAUGCUCUGAAAACAAGCGUGUGUUGUUGUUUUUUUGUGAUCCUAAAAGAAAAUGUGAGGUAUAUUGAAUGUGUUUAUCCUCAGCUGGACUGAGAUGAAUGAUGCUGAGGAUCAAUUGUUUAGCUGUCAGCUGUGAAGCUCAUGCCUUUAGGGUUGCAAACAUAAUUACUGAGCUACAUGGAACACUGGGCUAUUUCCAAACCACUUUAAACUCUCUUGCUGGUUUGCUUGGCGUGCUUUUGUAAUGGAUAUUUUUACAUAGAGCACAGGUAUCUGCUGCAUUUACCUAAAAACUCAACUAUGUUUGUCUUGUACUGUUGUUGUUGUUGCUUGUGGUCCCAUACUGUACUGUAUCUAUGGUAAUAAACUACCAUGAGUCCAGACCCGCGUCCAGGCUCUGAUGUGUCCUUGCUGUGGACGUAUUCCCCCUGAAUGAGCAGUGCUCCUCUCAAGUUCUCAGAGACAAAGCUCUA